CUUUUGAGCAAACAAAACCAGAAUGGCCAACAUAUCAACGACUCAGGAGGCUAACAUCACGGAGAUUGCCGCACAAUUGGUCGAGCAAGAUUCCAAAGGCUAUGCCAACGAUGACGAGGCCUUCGAUAUACCGCGCUGUUCCCGAGACAUCUUCCUGAGCUGCCCGGAACUGUCCGGCAUGCGGGACAUAUUUGACUGCAAGCCCUUGGUCCCUCAGGCCGGAUCGACACACACCUACCGCACUAGCCAGCUGUUGACCAUCGGACGCCGGGUGGCCGAUCGCAUGGUGGAUCCGAGCGGCCAGCGCGAGAUGUUGUGCAGCCGCUAUCUAUUGGACGAACGCCUCCGAUCCGCCGGAAUCUAUCACAACCGCCUGGGCAAUCCCUACGCACGCUUUUCCGAAGCAGAGGAGGGGGCACGUGGGGACACGGAUGCCGGCCAGCCCAACACAUCCACGGGAUCCAAGGCUUGAGGGAGCCAAUACUACUCUUAGCAAUGGAGCCGAAAGUGUGACCCUGCCCGUAAACAAAUUAAGACCGUAUUAAUAGUUCUCUGGAUCUUGAAGUUCC